UUCAUUCCACGACGAAAGUUCCGAAGAUUUUUCUUCAAGUUAAAGCUGCAGCUUAAUGACUUCUGGAAUGCGAUAGACCUUCUCUCCUACAUUUGUCUUGCAAUUGCGUUAACUGUCCGACAUGCGGGGUACUAUGAAAAUCUGACAUAUUCCAGAAGAAUAUUUGCAGUAUCUUUGUUGAUAAUGUAUCUUAGAUUCCUCCAAGCUUUUAUGAUGAUUCGUACAUUUGGAGCAACUCUAAUCAUGAUUAAAGAAAUGUUGAAGGACCUUCUUGCCUUCAUUUGGUUGGCAAUAUUUGUGGUAUUUGGAGUAGGCAUAUAUUACCACGCCAAUCUUUGGCCAGAUCACCUGUACAUAUUUGGUGACGGAUCCAUAGAAUCAUGGAGGAUCUGGAGAAUUAUCAGCCUUCCCUACUGGCAACUUUAUGGUGAAUCUAACGAAGAAUACAUCAGCGGAAAGGACCAGUCUGACUGUACCAAUAUUACGUCUAUUUGGACAACAGACCUAUCUCGAGAGCGGUGCCCACGCGAGGACUGGACGGUUGUUUUGAUUGCUGCAUUCUACAUGUUAUUCUCUAACCUUUUGCUGGUGAAUCUAGUAAUAGCUAUGUUCAGCUACACCUUCGGGAGAGUCAAAUCUAAUUCCGAAAAACUCUGGAUGUAUGAGCGCUAUGUGGUCAUAAACGACUUCAAGAAUCGAAAACCUUCCUUGAUAAACUUAAUUUGCUUUGUACGUUAUAUCAUCAAUCGCCUGUUUCAAAAAUGCAUGAACAGAGUGACAAAUAACCCUGUGAACAGGGAAACAACCGAAAGUAAGAAGAAAGAGGAAAAGCAGAACUUGAUGAAAUUUCAAAAAAUCAUGGCGACGAGGGUCGUUUAUGCACAGUCAAAAACUGUAAUGAGAACUGCUGAAAGAAAUAACAUUUGAAAUACUAUGUUCUUCUUUCUGUUAUUCCUUGUUGUUUAAAAUGUUGGAUCAAAUACAAAAUUCGGAAUUGAAUGAAUUAAAAAAAAUAAUAAUAACAUAAUAGGAUGUCGUUGCUGAUAAUGAAACACUAACCAACGAACUAAUAUUUUUCUAAGACUGAUGAAAGAACAUUGCAUUGAAAUGAAGUGGAAAACAAAAUCCAUAUGGAAAAUAUUAUAUGAUCAGACGAUUUCUUUAUAGAUUAAUUUGCUUUCAAGAGGGGAAGUUCACCAAGUAACAAGAAAAGUCUUAUUUUAAA